AUGGCGCAGACCCGAACUGCUGUGAGCAAGCUCAUCACUUGGGAGGGCCAGCACUAUGACUUCCUUCAGUCUUUGAUUUUUUCUGCCCAGGAGAGGAACUUCUUCCCCUCCGAGGGCUGCUUUUACCAUUGGGCCGCAGAAGAGAGGCCGGACUUCAUCGUUUUCGGCUUCACGGUGUGCCAUCUGGCCAUGAUCAUCGGCGAGGCUCUGGGCAUCCCUCUCGUGGGCUUCAUCUGCCAACCGGACCACAAGAUCGAGGAGCGGCGGGACACAUCCACCGCGGUCGAUCAACUCCUGGAGCCGACGCGAAAGGCCAUGAACUCCGAGGGUUUCAAUGCGGCCCUGAUGAGCGUGAUGCAGCAGAUGUCGGUGCGGGGACAGAGUUUGAACUGCUUGCGGCGGACACGGGGGCUGAUCACCAUCCCAGCUGGACUCACGGACAGCAUGGUUCACUUUGAUGAGCUCCACGAGCAAGGGGUGCCGAUGGUCGUGCCUAUCAGUCCAGUCGCAGUGGGCAACUACUUGCAGCAGCUUCAGCAAUACAUCCUCACAGACUUCGUUUUUCUUCGAACUAAAGGUGAUGUGCUCGAUGAUGAGCUGUCCAGCUUCGUCAAGCAAGCUAAAGAUGCCGGGAGGCGAAUCCUGCUUAUCACCUUCUCAUCAAUGCCGGUCGGAGAGAAGACGAUCCUUGACCUAGCGCUGCAGGCUUGCGACUCUGAGCUGCUGCUCUUCCCGCCAAAGCCACCAGCACCCAAUGGUCCAAAGCUGCCCAUUGCGGUGAUCGCGAUGACAGGUGGGCAAGAACACGACCGAGCGAGCGGCGAGAGCCUGGAGCGUGUCCAGCAGCUCCGCAAGGAUGGCCGCCUCCUCGUGAGGAGCAAAGGAGCCUCCUUUGCGGCGCUGUUCCCACUGCUGGACGCACUCAUCGGGCAGGGUGGCCUGGGCGUUACGUCGGAGGCACUGCGAGCCGGCGUACCGGUGAUAACCAGCGGCAUCCUGCUUUUGGACCAGCGCUGGUGGGCCGCGAGGGUGAAAGACCUGGGCUGUGGCUCGAAGCCGGUAAAGGUGGACCGUCUCCUCAAGUGGGACUACAGCUUUGAUGCGCCACGUGUUGUUGGCAUGCUGCACAAAGCACUGCGGGAUGCGAGCGAUGAUGGAGAGCAGACCUGGACGCAGCGGUCGAAGCAGGUCUCCUCCAUGCUGCAGCGAGCAGCAGGCGACGAUCCGGAUGGUGUUAUUCGGAAUGCAAAGGUGGUUUUUAAAGCUGGAACCGAAGAUGCGGUGAUCCUUGAAGACUGCUAUGCAGAGGGCAGGGAUUGCUGCUCAUGCAUUAGCCGCCAAGCUCGAUGUUGUUGCCGCUGCAUUGAGCAUUUUCUUCGCUGCAUCUUCUUCUUGAACCUCCCCACGAUGCUGUAUGUGUGCGUUCUGUUUGUGGCACAGUGCUUCUGCUGCCUGCCUUGUCGACAUCUUUGUUGUAACCGGAGGAGAGCGAAAAGCCCGGCCACCAAGGACGAGGAGGAGGAGGACUCCUCGGUGUCGGACUCGGGUCUGGAGUCCGAGAGCGAGGCCUGGUUCCUUGAUUUGAAUAUGCCAGGCGCCGCUAGGCAACAAAAGGCACAUACGCCCAAAGCCGGCGUGGUGCUGAAAGCAUCUUGGCCUUCUGGGAGGCGCAGCGGAACCAGGGAAAAGAGGCCGAAGGCAUCCGAAAGAGCA